AUGGCACGCGCACUCAGACUCGAAGAUUUCGGGUUGAAUCAGCGCUCAGGAUUCCUGCCUGACGAGCCACCAAUCAGCCGAUUGCCGCAAAAGCACUACAAACCAUGGGAGACAAUCAUGGAUUCAUUCAAUGCACUUUUGCUUGCUGGGCGCUUGCAGGAUGUUGUGGACGACCUUCCAGUUCUUGGCACUGAGCAGCUUCGAAACGAUACUGAGAGACGCCGCGCCUUUUUGAUUCUUUCCUUCUUGGCACACGGAUACGUUUGGGGAGAACCGAUUGUCCCCGCUAUAUUGCCUGCUUCUAUUGCCGUGCCGUUCGACCAAGUGGCACGAGAGCUCGAAGUCCGGCCCGUGUGCACUCACGCCUCUUUGUGUUUAUGGAACUGGCGACCAAUUUUCGCGUGCGAAACCCCCAGUCUUGAGAAUCUGGCUACCCUUCACACAUUUACCGGUAGUACUGAUGAGUCUUGGUUCUAUCUAGUCAGUACCGCAAUGGAAGUGAGAGGCGCGCCGACCCUGCAGCUGACGCUCGAUGCUAUCGCUGCUGUAGCGGCGAGUAGCGUGAGCACUUUGACAAUCAAGCUCCGUGCACUUGCUAUUCACUUGGAUUAUAUGGCGGUGGCGUUGGGGCGUAUGCACGAGAAGUGCGAUCCACACAUCUUCUACAACAAGAUACGGCCGUUUCUUGCCGGCUGGAAGAAUAUGUCUGACGCUGGUCUCAGAAAUGGCCUCAUUUAUGAAGGUUGUGAGAACACACCUGAAGGAAGCUUCCGCGCAUACUCUGGUGGCAGCAAUGCUCAAAGCGCCUUGAUUCACAUGCUCGACAUUGGUCUCGGUGUGGUCCAUCAACAAACUGGUCAGACAGCUCUUGAUGCAAGCGACUCCAAUGGGCCCAAUGCGUUUAUGCAAGAUAUGCGGAACUAUAUGCCGGCAAAUCAUCGCAGAUUUCUUGAAGCUUUGCAGGAGAAGGCAAAUGUUAGGCAAUUCUGCUUGAAGCACUCAGGCGAUUACGAGCUAUCUGAAGCAUACGACGCUUGUCUAGCUAUGCUGAAGGUCUUCCGUGACAAGCAUCUUUCCAUCGUGUCUCGUUACAUCGUCGUUCCAGCUGCGAGUGCCACGAAGCGCGAGUCUGCGAAUUAUAAAGGGCUCGCAAAAGUGGUCGCCCCGACAAAAGAAGCCCUCAAAGGCACAGGCGGUACGAACCUCAUGGCCUUUCUGAAACAGUCUCGUGAUGAGACAGGGAAGAUUGUUGUAUCGAGCUGGGCAAAGCAUUUGAUGAAGAAUUGCUACGGUCAAGUCGGCCUGCAGCAGAUGGACCGCUUGACGCAAGUCGGUCUGGCAGGCAAUUGGGGAAGCGAGUGGGACGACAUAGAUGGAGGAUUCUGUUCAUGA